CAAAUAAUUAACACUUCGUUCCACUCCGUCCGCACUUGAACCCGUACAAGCGAGGGCAGUAUCAUGCCCCGCCCGAUGUUAGGGGCAACUGCUCCUGAUUGCUAAGCUACCCCGCUUCAACCAGCUGCUAGCUUCAGUCAUGACGCUCUAUCUCAACCUUGUAGGUCCGAUGCGGCAAUUCAAGACGUACCAGUAUAAAGAAGCCUAUGCUGCUAGCUGGAUCUCAGGCUCAAUGCCUUGGAAUCCACGGUUUCUUUCCAAUCGACCCGAGCUAACUUAUGUGAUCACGACUGGCGACCAUUCGCCCAUUACUCAACUGCCUCAAUACCUUUAAUUGCCUCUUAAGUACUUCCAUCACCACCACAAUGCCUGUCGAAUCCAAGUACCAGCCCCACGACAUGGUGUUUCGUCACCUUGGGCCGACUGGUCUCAAGGUAUCUGUGUUCUCUCUCGGCGGCUGGCUCACUUACGGCGGUACGCAAAAAGGAAGCAUUGUGAAGGAAUGCCUCCAGACAGCCUGGGACCAGGGUAUCAACUUCUUCGAUACGGCUGAAACUUAUGCCAACGGCGACUGCGAGAUCGAGAUGGGCCAGGCACUCAAGGAGCUGGCGUGGCCACGCGACGAAUAUGUGCUCGCUACUAAGAUCUUCUUCGGCACCGGCCGAAAGGAACCCAACACGAGAGGUCUGAGCCGGAAACACAUUAUCGAGGGCCUCAAGAGCAGCUUGCAGAGGCUGGAACAACCGUACGUCGACAUCGUUUUCGCUCACCGCCCCGAUCGGGCCACGCCCAUGCGCGAGAUUGUCGAGGGAUUCACGCAGGCCAUCCGCAAUCUGAAUAUGGCGUACUACUGGGGAACCUCAGAGUGGUCUGCCGUCGAGAUCAUGGAAGCCACCCAGAUUGCUGAUAAGUACAACCUCAUCGCCCCCGUCGUCGAACAACCGCAAUAUAACGCCUUCCACCGCGAGCGUUUCGAAGUCGAGUAUGCCCCACUUUACCAGCAGUUCCAAUAUGGCACCACCAUCUGGUCACCAUUAGCCUCGGGCUUGCUGACGGGCAAGUACAACGACGGCAUCCCCGACGAUUCGCGCUUCGCCAAUAAUAAAGACUUCUUCAAAGACACGGUCGGCGCUCUAAACGAGACAGAUGGCAAAGCCAAGCUAGAGAAGGUCAAAAAACUGAAGGCCAUCGCCGAGAAGUACGGUGCUACCACGGCCCAACUGGCCUUGGCCUGGGCCGCCAAGAACGAGAAUGUGAGCACCGUUAUUUUGGGUGCCAGCAAACCCCAACAAAUUGUCGAUAACUGCAAGGCUUUGAAGUUGCUCGACAAGUUGACGCCCGAUGUCAUGGACGAUAUUGAGAAGAUAUUGUGCAAUAAGCCGGUGCCCAGGGCGACCUUGGGUAGAGAGCGACCGGGCUGGUGCUAAACAAACCGUCUUGGAAAUGAUUUGCAAGGUUUUGUACUGCAGCACCAGUUAUGUCAUCUCAGAUAUAUACAUGCAUGUAUCUGUCACACAGCCUAUCAAAUUAUCUCCGUCUAUGCACACCGCCUAUGUGCUGGGUGCUGCGGUUGAGCCACUUGCCCAUAGAUUAGCCCUUCCGUAGCUGCAGCCUUUGGGAUUUGGUCACAUCAACAUCAUACUCAUUACCACCCACUUGCCUCUACUGCCUCAAGAUUGCGAUGCUUGGUUCAUGUGGGUGAGUCUUGUCUGACGUUAGUGUAUAGCCGUGCAUGGUCGUGAGACAGUAUGGUUUCUAUCUUCUAGAGAUGCUAUAUUUUUACUUAAUUUAAUUAAUCCAACUUCUAAAAUGGCAAA